ACUCUGUAGUUAAUUGAUAAACAAAUACUUAAAAAACUACAACUCACGUGUGGGAGCUCUAAACUUUUGACAACGUGUAUGAUGAGGCUCGGUUUUAUUUUGUUGAAUGAGAGGGUCAAUAAAACCAACUAAUAAUAGGCUAGUAGGAUGUAGACAAGUAAAAUGUGAAGUACAGAGAACUGUGUUUGGAGAAAGUUGUUGAAAAGCCAGGCUAGGAAUUGGAGGGUCCUUUCUCGGCAUCAGAGGACAGCGAGAAGAGGGAGUAGGGGUUGGUAGAGCUCAGAGGAUAUAGACCGUCCAUGUGAUUUUACAACGCUCUGCCUGGUCUUUGUCUCUAGUAUUUCAUUAGGCAGAUCCCCUUGGCAGCCUACAUGUUUUGUCAGCCUCCCCAAUGCCCACUUCAAAUCUACUUCAUUCCCAGCAUACCCAACUCAGAGCAGUUGCUGAUGACGGUAUCUGUAAACAUCAAUUGUAGUCUUAAAAACCAAGGGAGAGAUCAGGGUAGCGGCAACAAUGGGGGAGCCCAGACGAGCAACAGCAGUUGACCGUGAUAUACAACAGGCAAUUAUUGCCUUGAAGAAAGGUGCACAUUUGUUGAAGUAUGGAAGGAGAGGAAAGCCCAGGUUCUGUCCCUUCAGGCUAUCUAAAAUAUUCUGCUGUUAUGUCUAUGGAUGUUCAGGAUGAGAGAUCUUUAAUUUGGUUCUCUGGGAAGGAGGAAAAACAAUUGAGAUUGAAUGCUGUUUCUAAGAUCAUUGCAGGCCAGCGUACUUCAAAUUUCCAUCGGCAACCUCGACCUGAAAAGGAGUAUCAAUCAUUUUCUUUAAUAUAUGGGAAUGGGGAACAGUCGCUUGAUUUGAUUUGCAAGGACAAAGAGCAGGCAGAAAUUUGGUUUGUUGGCCUAAAGGCUUUAAUCUCUGGGACUCAGUCUCACAAACUCUAUGUGGAUUCAUGGAGCGAUGGAGGACUUCAAUCUAACUCUAGCAGCCCUGCUGGACACACACGAAGGAAGCAACCAUUACCUUCUGUGGAUGAUAUAGAAAAGUUCUCACAUUCAGGAUCAAAUAAUUGUGUGCGACCCCUGAAGGUGCAAAGUUUGUAUGGAAGCCCUCCACGACAGUUUACAGAAAAAUGUUUUUCAGCAAGGCCUUUAUACUCAACAGAGUCACAAAAAGGUUUUGAAAGGCAUUCCUUGGUCAACUCCUUACAUUCAUUUCCAUUGGAUUUGAGAACAGACACUUCUAAAGUGCAAAUUAAAGAAAAUUCUUCUGAAGGGUUUAGAGUGAGUUUGUCAAGUGUAAUAAGUUCAUCAAGCCAGGGAUCUGUGCUUGAAGAUGGUGAUGUUCUGGGUGAUGUAUUAAUGUGGGGAGAAGGUAUAGAAGAUGGUAUAUUAGGUGGCGGUGUGCAUAAGUCUGGUUUUGCUGUUCAUACCCAGGUAGAUGCACUCUUGCCAAAAGCAGUGCAAUCAACUGUAAUGCUGGAUGUUCACAGAGUUGCAUGUGGAGUCAGACAUGCUGCUUUGGUUACCAGGAAAGGUGAGAUUUUCUGUUGGGGGGAGGAAAAUGGGGGAAGGCUUGGUCAUAAAGUUGAUGUGGAUGUCUCUCAGCCCAAGUUAGUGGAGGCCCUUGCUAAUAACAACAUUGAGUUUGUUGCAUGUGGCGAGUAUCAUACAUGUGCAAUAAGUGUUGCUGGAGAGCUUUACAUCUGGGGAGAUGGCAGCCAUGGUGAUGGUCUUUUAGGACAUGGCAGUAGUAGAAGCCAUUGGCUGCCUCGUAGACUUUCUGGUCCAUUAGAUGGGAUUCGAGUUGCUAAGGUUUCUUGUGGGGAGUGGCAUACAGCAGUAGUGGCAUCAUCUGGAGCAUUGUUUACAUUUGGUGAUGGAUCUUUUGGAGCUCUUGGACAUGGAGACACCAGAUCUGUACUCGUUCCAAAACAAGUUGAAUCCUUGAAGAGCUUAAAAACAAUAACAGUAGCUUGUGGCCCAUGGCAUACAGCUGCUGUAGUUGAGGUUUUACCAGGUAACUUGAGUUCUAACUCUUCUGCUCGGAAAUUAUUUACGUGGGGAGAUGGUGACAAAGGCAGAUUGGGGCAUGGAGAUAAAGAGAAGAAGCUAGUUCCAACAUGUGUUGCAGCCCUUGGUAACUGUUCUUUUAUUCAAGUAGCUUGUGGACAAACUCUCACUGUUACUCUUACAGUCUCAGGUCAGGUUUAUACAAUGGGAAGUCGAGCCCAUGGUCAGCUUGGAAACCCCCAAGCGGAUGGAAAGGCUAUUGUUCUGGUUGAAGGUAAGCUCAAAGGAGAGUUUGUUGAGGAGAUUUCAUCUGGUUCAUUCCAUGUUGCAGUUUUGACCUCAAAAGGUGAGGUCUAUACAUGGGGGAAGGGUGCAAAUGGAAGGCUAGGACAUGGUGACCUUGAAGACAGAAGCACACCAACAGUAGUAGAAGCAUUAAAGGAUAGGCAGGUAAAAACUAUUUCAUGUGGGUCUGCUUUUACAGCAGUGAUUUGCUUACACAAAUCAAUCUCUGGUGUGGACCAGUCAUCUUGCUCUGAAUGUAAAAUGCCAUUUGGUUUCACGAGAAAAAGGCAUAACUGCUAUAACUGCGGAUUUGUAUUUUGUCAUGCAUGCAGUAACAAGAAGGCUACAAGUGCAUGUUUAGCACCAAAUCGAAGCAAGCCAUAUCGUGUUUGUGAUCCUUGUUAUGUUAAGUUAAAUAAAGUUGGUGAUUCUGGAUCCUCAUUAAAUGGAUCUAGAUCUAGGAGGCUCUCUUUAAUGCAUCAAACAAUGGUUUCUCGAGAAACGAAGACUCUGAAAUCGCCAUUUUUUUCACCCAAAGUCACAAGUGUUGAAAAGAUAGAGCGAUUUGAUGGAGACACUUCUUCAAAAAAGAGUAAGAAGCAAGAAACAUUGAAUCUUACUUCAACAUCUGAAAGAUGGGGUCAGGUGAGCUGUCCUGCAUUUUUUCAUUCAAAUGCUAGAGUUCACCCAUCUCCUGCACCAAUUCUCCAAUUCCAAAACACAUCUUUAGCUCCUUCACCAGUUUCAAGGGAACAGAGUCCUCCCAGAUCAAAAAAUGUUUUUCCACCAACUUCCACUAUGUAUACCCCAAGCACUGUACUUGAAGAAUUGAAACAGUCAAAUAGAACUCUAACUGAAGAAAUUCUGAGAUUGCAAGAACAGGUAAAGAAUCUCAAGCAACAGUGUGAAAGCAAAGAUGCUAAAUUUGAGCAAUAUGAGUGUGAAAUUGAAGAAGCUCGGGCACUUGCUAGGGAGGAAACUACCAGAUGUAAAGCUGCGAAAGAGGUUAUCAGAGUAUUGACUGGACAGCUGAAGGAUAUGGCUGAGAAACUCCCAAUGAAAACACAAACAAGCAAUAUGAGCACAUUUCUUUCACCCCAUCUGAAUGCCUUGCAUGAAUUGUUAUCUCCAACAUACACUGGUCACACAGAGGUUCCAGAAAAAGAAGAUAUUAAAUUCUAUGAUCAUAAGUUCUAUUUGAGUCCUACUACUCGUGUUCUUAAAGACAUACGAGUAAAUGGUUCAUGCAGUCCACCUGUUACACGUGACACACCAACGAGUGCUCUAGGAAGGGCUUUUGAUUAUCAAAAUUCAGCUAGGUCAACAGAAGGUGCAAGGCGUACAGGAAACAAGAUCAAAGAAAACAUUGAUAAGCUAUGCAAAUCAGACAAUGGGCACCCACCUUACACGGAAUGGGUAGAACAAGAUGAGCCUGGUGUGUAUUUCACAUUCGUGUCUUUAGCAGAUGGUCAAAAAGAUCUUAAGCGCGUGAGAUUCAGCCGAAAGCGUUUCAGUGAAAGAGAAGCAGAGGAAUGGUGGGCUGUGAACAGAUUGCGAAUAUAUGAAAAAUACAAUGUGGAGGGGAUCACAGGACAACUAUAAUGUUUUCUAUACAAGCAAAGAAGAUGACAACAUAAAAUCUCCUAAUACUUUUUUGAUGUAACACCCUUUCAGCAAAUAAUUUUUCUGGUGUCUAUCUGAAGCAUGCUGGAGAGUAUAUGGUUUCAUUAAUCUUUACAAUAGUAGAGUAACAGAUGUGGCAAUUGUGGAAAAAAUAUCCUAACCAAAACUGAGCACAACUAUUGUUGGAUUUUGUACUGACUGCAAUCGAGAAAGUAUUCAGUUUGCAGCAACAUAUGAAGUGAGCUAUUUAGGCCAUCUAACAAAGGAUCGGGCUUUUUGGCAUGGCUUACAUUUACUAUUUGACAAUCUUGUGUAAAUUAUGUUACAUCUUAUGAAAAUUUGUAAGCCUUGCUAGGGCUUCAUGAAAGCCUUAUGCUGGAGAAGAAAUAUGAUCUUUUGAUAUCCUGUAUACAGAAGGCUUGAGGUGCAAGUCUAGCUGUUAUAGUCAAAGCAAGUUGUGGCAAAAUAUGACGAGCUGUAAAUCUUUUCAGCUGCAGUCAUGAAAUUGUAACAUUAUUACUUGUAAUAUGCUAACCAUUCUUUUCCUUUC